AUGAUAACGAAGCGGGAGAAGGAGAAGGCCACCUUUGAGUGCAUCGAAAUGAGUGACAUAAGGAGGCUGCCCCAGUCAGAAGAGAAAGAAAACUCAGAUGAGGAAAAAAUCAGCCUCGAUGACCUGAGCGUGUGUUCCCCGAGCAAGCUACACAGGCAGGCCCAGUUGACGGAGGACGAGGAGGAGGAGCAGGAGAAGCUAAUCCACUCGAAGCUAUACGAAAGCAUGAGCAAUGUGAAUAGCAAUUUAGAAAAGAAGGACACCCACUGGUUCGACGGCGUCGAUGAGGAGGAGGAGGUGGACGACCCGGCGGAGGCAAACCAUGCUGAGUGUGCAAACCGCUCCACCGGUGGUGGGAGUGGCGAGCGGGGCAACGCGGCCCACCUUGUGCAUAGAUUUCCCAACCUGCUCCUAAUUGGGGGAGACGGCCGGCCCAGCGGCGGUAACAGCAGUGGUAACGGCAGCGGUAACCACCGUGGCAACCCCCUGGGCAGCUCCCCCCACAGGGAAAAGCAACCGCCACCGUCAAAGCACCUGAACCGUUCAGGCGAUUGUGAAAGAAUUGAAACAAUUGAAACAGUUGAAAGGGCAGCCGAUCAGACCCACUCACGUGGAAGUAACCCCCUUUGCAGCGAACUGGGGAAGGACAGCCCAUCCGAAAGGACAAAGGAAAACACACAGGUGAAGCAACAUGCAGGAGAGAGCGAAUUGGUGAAGUGGAGGAGAUAUAACUCCUCAGAUGAGGAGAGGGAGAAGGUGCAACCGGGUGGAACCCCCGCCAAUCUGGCAAACGAACGUUUAGAGGAAGUGCCCGGGGGGGAAGACACCAAAGGGGGGGUGUCCAAUCAGAGUGGCCACAGUGAUGGGAGCGGCAGCAACGUUGGAGGAAGCACCUCUGCUAUGCCGUGUACUCUCUCCAAGGGAGAAGCGCCACAAAGCGAUUAUGCUACGUGUUCAAAGCAAACGAGUCGUCGACUGGGGGGAAGCCCCCCGGGAAAGGCAAACAGAAGUUACAAACACAGCGUAGACGAACCGGGAGGACCUUACUCCCUUCCGUUGCUCCACACCAGUAAUGCAACCAGUGAUGAUGAGGACGACUCUCCUUUACGGGAGUUAGCGGCAGAUGGUUGGGCAGCCUCACGCGUUGGCACUUCCCAUAGGGAGAGGGAGAAGCAUCACCACGGGGGGGCCGCCAACAACUUGACGAGGAUCAUUAGCCGGAUAGAGGAGUCAGUCCAGGAGAAGAAGACCAAAGGGGGGGCAGUCAUCGAGGGAAGUGCAGGUGAGGGAAGUGGAGGGGAAGGAAGCGCAGGGGAGGGCAGCCACCGCGACGGAAGCGGCAGUGAUGGACGGGGCCGCACCCCCGCGAGCCCACCCAUCCGGUUGACCCCUACCGAUUCGCACAAGGCGAAGAGAAGCGGCACCCCCAAGUACACGCUUAGGAAGUGCGGCUCCCAGAGUUACUCAAAUCAAGUGGGGCCAUCCGCCGCCAGGGGGGCAGACCACGCCAUGGGGGCGGACAGCGCCAUGGGGGUAGACAACCACAUGGGGGAUCCACUCAGCAGAAAAUCCCUCAGCAGCAGCAACGUUUAUGGCCAAGGAGCGAACGAGGAGGAAGACCGCUGUGUGCAGAAUUACGCCCAUCAGAAGAGACCAAUCGAGCAGAGCCAACGGGGGAGGGACCCCCACAGUGACGAGGCGCACCGACAUGCCUAUCGAGCCGGCGCGAACGGGUUAAACGGGGAGGGGAACGUGGAGGGUGGCGGCGUAAUUGGUGAGCUGCCAAGCCGCCCCGAGGCGAACUUCACUUCGUCGAUAAGGGAUGCCCCCGCGGAGAGCUACAAACGGGGUUCCCCCCCCAGAAGAGUAACAUCCAAUAGAGUGUCCCCCAGCAGAGGAACACCCAAUAGAGUGUCCCCCAAUAGAGUGUCCCCCAAUAGAGUGCCACCCAAUAGAGUCCCCCCCAGCAGGACGCGCAAGAAAGAGUUGGAAGAGCCCAGGCCCGUCAUGGACGACACGCACUUCCACGUCAACCCCAUCAAGAUAAACGACGCAAAUCUGGAGAAGUGCUUCCACGCCAUUAAGGAUUUGUGUAAUUUGGAGGACGGGCAGAGGGGGAGCAGCCCCAGUGAUUUCAGGAGCAGCCCAAGGGGUCGGUGGAACAGCCCCGGCGAUCGAUGGAACAGCCCCACCGAUCGGAGGAAUGUAUCCCUUUGCAGUGAGCGCCUGGAUCGGCGCCUUGGGGCGAGGGACUGUGAGGGGGGCCGGCGGUGGAGCGAAGCCCCCGAGCGAAGGGACCACCGCAGUUGGAAGUACGCCGCUGCUGAGGAGGCCGCUGCUGAGGAGGCCGCUGCCGGGGACGCCGCUGCUGAAGACGCCGCUGCUGAAGACGCCGCUGCCGAUGACGCCCCCGAGCAGAACGUGUGCAAGUCGAGUGACGUGAAUUUGUAUGAAAAUAACUUCAAGUGCCUCUCGCAGACCCCCCCGGAUGUGUACCGCUUCUUCUGCAAGGAGAAGCAGCCGUGGGGGGGAGGCGGCCCCCCCGUUGAGCGGGGCGGCCAUGCAGUUCAGCGCGACGAGCGGAAGGGGGACCCCUCCUCCACUAACGCCAACGCGGUUGGCGGCACUACCGCCAGCGCGGCCGAUGGCACUACCGCUAUCGCGGCCGCUAACGCUGCCGACGCUGCCGACACCGCCGCCGCCUCCCCCGGGAAGGUGAAGCGGCGGAUAAUCGACUGCAAAAACGAGCGCCUCAAGUGGGGGACGACGCAAGUGAUAAUCGACAUAGAUGACACGAUCCGGUCGAGCGGCGGCUACAAGUUCUUCAACUACGCCCUGGGGGGCGUGGACGCGCAGUACCAGCGAGGAGAGACCUACCCAGGCUCCUUCCAGUUCGUCUUCGAACUAGCAAUGAAUAAGUUGUGCGCAGAAGCCAAGCCCCUGUUGCUGUCUGUACUGACUGCUAGAAUACCCCAAGUGCCCAUAACAGAGGACUCCUUUUUAAAUAAAAAAUUUAAUGAAGUGGCCGAGAGGAGAGGAAUCAAAAGCUGGGGAAUUGAUUGCGACAAUAAGAUUUUGUAUUCCACCUUAAAGGAGUGGGUGUGGAAUGAAACGAGAGGAGAAAAGAAAUUCGUCAAUUUUAAGCACCUCCAUAAGUAUGUCCUGCAGCAGAACUCCCUCGUGAGGUACAUUUGGAUUGGAGACACGGGGGAUAUGGAUAAGCAGGCAGGUGAAAUGAUGAUUAGGACUUACCCCCAACGGAUGAAGGCUGUGUUUUUGCAUCACGUGAAGGGGAAAGAUGAUAAUACGUUGCUUCCAAGUGAUUACUUUAUUAAGUCGGUUCCCAUUUUCUUCUUUCGCACAUACAUCGGUGCUGCUACGAAGGCACACGCGUAUAACCUGAUUGACAAGAAGGGCCUGACGAGGGUCCUCGUGCAGGCUGUGCUGGACUUAGAGAAGAGCAAGGCCCCUGCUAGCUCCUCCAAAUGGGAGGACCUCAUCAAGGAUAUCAUUUUGAGUGACGCCAUGGACGAGCUGGACAAGUACAACGCGGAGACCGUCAACCGGACCAAGAAGAUCAUCGCGCAGCGCAUGCGAGAGAUUUCCGAGCGCAAGCUGCACUUCAUCAGUUAG